CCAACGACCGCAAGUAAACCGACAUGAACGGUCGAUUCUGUGUUGCCGUCUCUUUCUCCGAUUCUGUACCCACUCAUCCUCUCCGUCCUCUCUCUCUCUCUCUCGUUGAAAAUCUUUCUUCGAGUAAUCGAUUGAGGCCCAGAACUUGAAGAUUGGUAAUCCGAAGCAGGAAGAAUGGAAUUAAUAAUAAAUUGACGAAGUGAUUCCAUUGCAGCCAAUCCCCCAUGAGCGGUGAAGGAAGGAGAGAGAGGACUACGACGGGGCAGAGGAGGUGAGGCCAUGAGGUUGAGGAGGAAGGGCGGCGGCGACUCGUGGAGCAGGUUCUUCUGGUGCACCCUCUUCGUCGUCUUCUCCUGCGUCCUCUUCACCGGCUUCACCUUCUCCUCUUUCCGCCUCUUCUUCGGAGAGAAGUACAAGCCGUUGGUGGUCCCGGCAUGGAGGAAGCCGGCGAUGGAAGCCGUGUCCGGCGAAUCGGUCGCCCCUCGGGCUAUCUCAGUCAGGGAGGUGGUCAUCUUCCCUGACCAGGCGGUGGCUUUCUUGGACUACCCUCCUUCGGCGAGGUUGUUAACGAAGGAGGACCUCCACUGCGCCUACUUCUUAGCUAAGUCGAGCGAGCCUCAGCUCGAGCUUCCGCCCAUUGCAGUGGACGGUGAGGAUGCGCACGAUCAGAUUGUUCGGUGCCCGCUCCAAUCUCAUGACGCGAGAGUGGCUCUUCGGUUGCGAUCGGAUGGUGGGGUGUUAUCCGGGCCAACGCAUAAGUGGGACUCGCUGGUGUACGAGGCUUUGAUCGACCAUGACAACACCACGGUUGUCUUCAUCAAGGGUCUGAAUUUACGGCCGGAGAGGGUCUCCAAUGCGUCCAAGUUCGAGUGCAUGUAUGGCUGGGAUUUCAGGACAUCGAAAUUCCUGCUCCGAGGAGAGGUCCUCUCGAUUGCCCAGGAGAUUGUUCGGUGCGAGACACCUCUCAGUGUCCUUAGCAGCGGGGCCUAUGGGGGAAACCGGUCGGUCAAGGUUUCUGUACGGGUCAAGGGCGGUGGCUUGAUCUUUCACUCGAUAGCACAACCGACUCACAAGCUUGCAGCCAGUUCUGGCCGGAGUAAAGCCCAUGAUAUGUGCGUAUGCACCAUGGUGAGGAACCAAGCUCGGUUUAUUAGGGAGUGGGUCAUGUACCAUUUUAAGAUCGGCGUUGAGAGAUGGUUCAUUUAUGACAACAACAGCGACGACGAUAUUGAGACACUGAUAGAUUCCCUGAACGACGCAGGGUAUAAUGUUUCCCGCCACGCAUGGCCGUGGAUCAAGACCCAGGAGGCGGGGUUUGCCCACUGUGCACUCCGAGCUCGGUCUGCCUGUGAGUGGGUUGGGUUCAUCGAUGUGGAUGAGUUCUUCCACAUGCCGACGAGCAUAGACCUAGGGGAAGUGCUGAGGAACUGGUCAGCGUCCGGGAGCGUUGCCGAGCUGAGGGUCUCAUGCCACAGCUUUGGGCCGUCAGGUCUCAAACAGGCCCCAAGGCAAGGGGUGACGGUCGGGUACACAUGCCGAGUAGCCCACCCUGAGCGUCACAAGAGCAUAGUCCGCCCAGAGGCACUGAACUCGUCCCUGAUCAACGUGGUGCACCACUUCCACCUGAGGGACGGGUUCGAGUUCGUGAACAUGGACCGGGGGGUCAUGGUGAUCAACCACUACAAGUACCAAGUGUGGGAGGUGUUCAAGGAUAAGUUCUACCGUAGGGUGGCCACCUACGUGGCCGACUGGCAGGAGGAGCAGAACGUCGGGUCCAAGGAUCGUGCCCCUGGACUGGGGACACGUGCAGUCGAACCGCCCGACUGGUCGAGCAGGUUCUGCGAGGUUCAAGAUACCGGGCUGAGAGACCGGAUCCUGCGGGUUUUUGCCAACCCGCAGACACGUAUAUUGCCAUGGCAAGAAAGGGAUGGUGAUGAUGAUGAUAAUAACAAGAACAGGCAGAGAGGCUGUGCGUAGAAGGCGGCAACUGUGAGUCCUUAGGGCAUUGGGAAAUAUUCAAAGUCGUUUUAAUUUCCUUAAUCAAAUUUUGGCUGUGUAGAUAAGAUUUUUGAUUUUGUAGAUAUGAUGAAUAAGUUAGUGGAAACAAUAAAUAUUACAGCGUGCCGUUGUCCCAAUUAUGAAUUAAUAGAGAUCUGUAGAGGUGACAUGAGACUUUCUCAA